UUGGCUGGGACGUGAUGGUCAUUUCACUGUCAUUCACUCGUAAUCCAAGCGACUGGCCCGUGAAAUGACAGUGUGGCGCAAGUUGACGCACGAACAUGUGGUUUGGCUUCACGGUUGGAUACCUUAUGUCGAGAGCCCGGAAAAUUUAUGCCCGAGUUUGGUGUCAGACUGGUGCGACGAAGGGGAUGUUACAACAUUUCUAAAACGCAGUCCUCACGCUGAUCGCGAGGCCCUGGUUUGCGGAAUAGCUCAUGGUCUGGAAUAUCUUCAUUCGGAGGAAAUUGUGCAUGGCGAUAUGAAGCCCGACAAUGUGGUCGUAAGUGGUGGGAGAACCCCGCAGUUGUGCGAUUUUGGACUUUCGUUCAUUGUAUCGGACACGUCAACAUACAUCCAUGCAUCGAGUCUACUCGGAACAGCGCGAUACGUAGCGCCAGAAGUGUUUGAGUCUGAGGAGCCUUUUCGAAACAAAAAAACCGACGUCUGGGCAUUCGGAUGUACAGCUAUGGAGAUCCUUCGCAGCGAGCCACCAUAUCCCACGAUUAGGAACGACCUCGCCGUUUUCAAAGUUAUCGGGACGAUACUGCCGUUUAAUCCUUCAGCAACCCAGCCUACCGAGGAGACUCUUGUCCGCUGCUUCGAUCUUGAUCCUGAGGGUCGAAUCAAUAUGGGAGACGUCAUAAAAUGCCUGAAGCAGAAUGCAUCCACUCUGACAAUUUCGUAGCGAACACAAUCUUUCAGUCAUACACUUCGAUUUCCCAGCGCUGCAAUUCUCAGUACCACAUGAGCGAGGUCUGUUUGCUCGAUCUUGCGCUGUGGGUACACGGAUCAGAAGUGCGGACACACAUUGUCUGGGGGGUCGAUUACGUUUACACGCCGGUGAAUCUCUACUCUAAGUUACAAUCCAAGGCGACUACCAGGAGUGUUGCCAAAAUUAGAGCGAG